AUGGCACCUCAAGAUAGCUUCAUCGAUGAAGAUGAUGAUACCUGCCCACUCUGCGUUGAAGAAUUCGAUCUAUCAGACAAGAACUUUCAACCAUGUCCUUGUGGCUACCAGAUAUGCCAGUUCUGCUUCAAUAAUAUCAAGAACAAUAUCAACGGCCUCUGUCCCGCCUGUCGAAGACCUUACGACGAGAAAACAAUAAAAUGGAAAGUAGUUACGCCUGAAGAGGUCGCUCAAUUCAAGGCCAACGUCCAAAAGAACGCUAAAAAGAAGGCUGAGAUACGACAGAAAGAAGCACAAAAGCGAGAAGUAGAAAGUCUAAAUCGAAAACAUUUAGCAGGUUUACGGGUUGUGCAGAAAAACCUGGUAUACGUGGUCGGUCUAAGUCCAAGUAUACGAGAAGACGAGCUUCUUCAAACUUUACGCGGCGAGAAAUAUUUCGGGCAAUACGGGAAGAUAAUCAAGAUUGUGGUCAGCAAAUCCAAACAGAACGAGUCGGCUCAGAAUGCUGGCUCUCUUGGAGUUUACGUUACGUUUGCUUCAAAAUCGGAUGCGGAACGGUGCAUAUCAGCGGUCAAUGGUUCUCCAAACGGCGAUCGGAUCCUACGAGCGCAAUUAGGAACCACGAAGUAUUGCUCAGCAUACCUGCGGAAUGAGGUGUGUACAAACAAGCAAUGCAUGUUCUUACAUGAACCGGGCGACAAUGACGACAGUUACUCUCGACAAGAUUUGUCGUCCAUUAACAGUGUGAACUCACAACGACCUUUGCCGUCCAAAGCGUCUUCAUCCCGCACUCAAGCUCAAGCAGCACCACCAAUCCAACAAGCACAACCACUUGCUGCUGCUACACAAUCAAUGGCACGAGAAGCAAGCAAAGAUGGUUCAGACAGUGGGGAGGGCCCUGCACUACCAUCAACUGCCAAUUGGGCCAAUCGUGGAGUACCGCAACAACGGAGCAGAAGAGGAAGUCAUGAUACCAGUGGUGCCGCACCCAGUCCUUCUAUCUCAAAUGCUAUUUCUUUGACAGCCGAAGCAGUCGAAGAGGAUACGCCGGAGCUUGUUGAAGACCAAGAGGAAUCGUUCGGGGAAGCUAGUCCUAUCGAAGCUCCAGAGCCCACUCCUUUGAUUGAUGAUAUAUCGCAUCCUGUGAAGGAAUCACUUGGCGUUGAACUGCUCAGGUCAAUCAAUUCUGAUGUACUCAACUGGGAUGGCCCUAAACUUCAUGAGGAGGACCUCGCAUCUUUCCCACCACUUUUUGACGAUAAUGGUGGAGAGAAACGUCGUUUGAUGCGCGAGCAGCAACAGGAGGAAGAACGUUUGCACAUGGAGCAGGAAUCGCAAGCUGAUAUUCAAUCAGUGCCUGAACCUGUUGAGGAACAAGAACCGGAGAGCGGUAGUCUGCAAUUAGGUGGCGAGCCCGAGGAUAACGGGCGGGAGAUCAAUCAACCUCCUGGAUUCCAACGUCGUCAAAGUUCCCAAUUGCCGAUCCAACGAGGCUCUACCGGUGGCCCAUUUGGGCCAAGUCUGGGACAACAACAAAACUAUCCUCAGAAUAUUAGUAAUUUGAGUUCUGUCAAUGGACGAUCUCUUACUCCAUUGCAGCAGUCACAACUUUCAAUGUUCAAGUCACCAUCUGGUGUUCAAUCGAGCUUCAUGGACCAUGUUCCUUCACCCGGUGGACUCGGAAAUCCAUUGAAUCAGAAUUCCGCGCUCUUUCAGCAGCAAGGCCACAACAGACAGUCUUCACGAUACAGCUUUGCUCAGGAUGGUGCAGCUGGCUCAUCUUCUAUUAAGCCUUCUGCCAAUACUAAGAUGAUGCAGCAGCAAGCUUCAAUGAUGCCUCCUUCAAGUCAUCCUCAGCAAGGAUUUCAGUCAUUCAACUCUUCAAUCCCAGCUCCUCCAGGAUUGUCAGGUUUAAAGUCUAAUACUCCUCCCGUUGGUGGAGGAAUGUUUGGUCAAGGUCAUGGAUUCGGCAACAUGAUGGGUGGCGGUUCGUCCUUCGGUGGGGCCACCAAGGAGAACGGCAAUGAGAUGCUUCGUGAAAUGUUGAGGGGUCGUCCUAAUGCCGGUGGCAACCAGGGUCUUGAUACAAGUAAGCGUGAGUACAUGUUUCCUAAUUUUCUUCAUCAACAGUUCCCAUCUGCCUCCUCUACUCCAGCUCCUGCUUCAGGCCUUCUGGCAUCGCUCUACGGUCCUCAGACUGGAGCAUUUCAUGACUUCGGUCAAAAGCAGAAGAAGAAGGGAAAGAAGCACAGACAUGCUAACACUUCCUCCUCUGGGGGAGGUGGCUUAGUCGAUCUUGCGGACCCAAGUAUCUUGCAGGCGAGAAUGCAGCAUCAACAACAGAGCAAUGCCGGAGUCGGACAGGGACUGUUUGGUGGUCAGGCUCAAGGUGGGUACAACCCCAACAUCAUCUCCAAGAUGGAUGCUUCGGGUGCAUUGGCGUCACAUUGCGUUUGGAAAAUGAAAGAUUCAACUUUUGAUGAUGAAAGCAUUUCACACAACGUGGAUGCGUUGGUAUCAGAUAGUGUUCCGGAUGAUUUGCCAAUGAACUAUGGCGAGAUUUCUCGAGAGGUAUCGCGAUCGAACACUCCGGCUUUUCCACCGGGACUCCCAAAUCCUCACGCGCAUCCUGCACCCGCGGUCCGCGAAGACCCAAUUGGAAAACCAUCUAAGAUUCUUCCAGCGGUGGCUCCAUUCACACCAUCGAGACAGUCCAGCAUGUCAUACGCUCCUCGCGUUGCCACUCCACUUGCCAUGUCUCAACCUUCUACCCCUUCACCAGUCAAGUCUAAAGUUCUGCCUGUUGCUAUCCCUGAGGCACCAGUAUCUCAAACACAAGCGAAGCAAGAGAUCAAAAGUCUUGCUAUAAUGUCUGGCAUUUCAAAGGAAAUUGCAGCUCAAGCCUCCACUCCAGUCCCUGUAGUUCCUACAACUCCUUUGCUUUCCGCAGCGAUUACCCCUGCAACGCAGAGAAAUCUCUCCACCGAAGAGUAUCCAGCGCUUGGAGCACAGAAGGAAACCAGACCUCCUGUAUCUAGGAAAGUGUCAAAAACAGCUGCAUCGUCUUCCAAGGCUCCAUCUACACCGAAAAUCUCGAAUGCUCAGAAGAGUGCCAAGACAAGUGAGAAGAGAGCAACACCGGCUGUUUUGACGAUUACGACUUCCACAAGACCAGCUCCUAAAGUGGUGGGUCCUCCAGAGACACUUAGUAAAAUCACUGCUUCAGUGUCAGAAUUUCCUUCAUUGCCAGCAUCGAAACCCGUUCAAACCACAUUCAAAACUAUAAAGGUCACGCAAACACCAAAGACGGAGGUGCCUCUGAUGGGAAGCCCUGCUCCAAUUUCUGCCACAUCUGUAACUCCGUAUCCUUUACAUUUUGGUCGUCAGUUCUCGGUCGGAAGUUCAGAAGUUCCUGAUACUCCCAGUGAGCAAGAUAAUGCUUCUAUUAUGUCUGCAACAGCUUCGAGAGCGAGCUCACCUGCUCCAUCUCGGAAUGGACAGCCACGACCCCCAAAACUCAAUACGGCACAGAAGAACAAGCUUAAGAUGGAGAAAAAGGAAAAGGCCCUCGAAGCACAAAUGGCAGCUGCAGCUGAAUCCAAGAGAACUGACGAAGAACAAGCCCCGGUUUUGGGCAGGAAGACCAAGCAAAGAAAGGAGAAGACGAACGUUAGCAGUGCCGCGAGCAGCUCAACGCCGGUGCCUAGCAGACCAGCCUCGCCUCCUCCCGUAGUAGCCGCCCGAGAGGAGAGCAAGCUUGCAGAACCCAUUAUACCAGAGAAGCCUAUUUCGAGUGGUAGCGAUAAAUUUGUCAGUAAGAUUGAGGCAAGGGCAAAAAACAAGGCGAAAGCUCAACAAUCUACACCAGCACCCGAGCCACCACGAGCUCCCAUCGUCGAAGAUGAGGAAUUCGCAGAGAAACUCACAGCACCAACUUCAGCCAGCCUUGUUCAGCAGCUUCAAUCUGAUGGAUCAAUCCCCAAUAUUUCGGAGCAUGCCAUCUUUAAAACACCUAUUGGUGUUGGCAAUGAGAAGAAGAGGGAGAAAGACACUGCACCCGUCUUAGAUGUCAACCCUAAACUCAACAUUAGUCCAGAAGAGCGGGCUGCUUUGAACGCUGGAAAGCCUGUUCACAAGAUUGCUUCAGGAUCAAUUCGGAUCAUGUUGACACCAAAUGGUGAUUGUGUGCGCAAUCUCAGUGCUGAAGAAGAGAACAGAUUCUUGGAGCUUCAAGCAAGACUUGCUGCUGAUGCUGGACCUACUGCUUUUGUUUCCGCAAAGCAUAAUGCAAGUACUGGAUUUAAUUUGGUUGGCGGCCGAGCUGUUCCAAAUGGACCCCCUUCGUACUUUCCAUCCACAGCGGCUUGCAAUACUACACCUUUGGAUGCGGUUAGCAAGAUUCAACGUGAUGAAGCUUUGAGCUACAUCAAUCAAUACGUUCUACCAUCUCUCUCCAACAAUGCCCAGUUAGAAAGGGCACUGAGUACCAAUGCUCUAUCAGGCGACAUGUUACAAGGAAGCGAGCCAUCCAGCUGGGCACCAUUAAGUGGUGGCUCUCCCGAUAAUCUUCAAGCUUUCCCCUACGGUAGCUCGCCUGGCGAUGGCAGUAUCCUUGAUGCAGGAAUCGAAAACAUGACGGCGACUCUCACAGGUGGUCGGGAUAUUGAUCGUGGACCACAGGCUACGAAUGUUCAAUUGCUGAGUGAAAAGGAAUCGGAGUCUGCGAUGCAGAUUGCGAAGAAAGAGACUCAGGAGUUGGAGAAGAGACUUCUAGCUGUCUUGAAGAAAAACAGGAAAUUGCUGUUGACGGGGCAUUGA